ACAUCCCACAUGACAUGUGUCUUGUGUCUCUAGAAGACACGAACUCUUGUCUUUUUUUUUCUCUCCUCCUUCGUUUUGUCACCGAAACAGCUGAAACUCUAUCCAGAAGAAACCUUAGGGUUUGCUUCUCACUUUUGCGUCUAUCUGCUCCGAUUGAUUUGCAGUGGAACUGUAUAUCUACCUUGUUAUAAGCUGUUGAAGUGAAUGUUGUAGUAAGCAGCUGUGGUUUUAUCAUGUCUGGUGAUAUGGGAGGUGAGCAAAUCUCUACCAACAUGGAGGAGACUCUGAAAGCGGAGGAUCCAGAUACUUUUAAAGAUCCGAACUUGGUUGAGAUAGGAUCCAACGAUCUUCCUGUUCAGGAUAUGAGAGUUUCAGACAUUAAAGAAGAAGAGCCUGUCGCUUCACCGUGUGGCAACGGGGUGGACUUUCCGAAAGUGGAAACAUCUGUCUCUUGUCCAGAGGACGUCUGUUUUCAACCUUCUGUUCUGGCUGAUUCUCAGCCGAAAGUGGAAUCAUCUGUCUCUGGUCCUUUGUCAUUCACAUCUGAGCCAGAGGGUAGCUCUUCUCAGCCUUGUGUUCUUGCUGAUUCUCAGUCGAAAGUGGAAACAUCUGUCUCUGGUCCUAUGUCAUUUGCUUUUGAGCCAGAGGGCGUCUCAUCUCAAACUUCUGUUCUGGCUGAUUCUCAGUCAAAAGUGGAAACAUCUGUCUCUGGUCCUAUGUCAUCCGCAUUUGAGCCAGAGGGAAUCUCCUCUCAACCUUUUAGUUUGGCUGAUUCUCAGUCUUUGCAGACUCGUUUGCAACCUCUCGUUCCGCGUGGAUAUUCUAUCGAUAGAUCAUUAGCUGCUUGUCGCAGUCCAAGGUCAUUUCAACUGACAGGGAAGCGGAAGUUACCACCAGAGUCUGCAUCCGAGAAACCAAACAAGCGAGUAGAAUCAGUGCAUCACAGACCAUGGCUAGAACAAUUUUAUUCAGAGCCGGCUCAUAUGCCAUCCGCUACUCUCUCUCCCAAGACUGAACAUCCACAAGCGCCCGCCAAGAAAGUGAAACAAACGGAACCAGCUUCCCAGAGGAAGCAAGUGAUGAACAAAAAGCAACCAGGCCCAUCACAAGGGUCAACAAAAACACAUAACGAAGGAAACGAGUCUUUGAGAUCGAAAAUGAAGGAGUCAUUAGCAGCUGCCUUGGCUUUGGUUCAUGAGCAUGAGGAAUCUCCCAAAGGGAAAAAGAAUACAGAAACUGAUGAAACAAGUGCUCCAGUAGCUGAAAGUAACGAACCUUCCUCAGCUUGUGAUGUCAGUGUUCCAGCAGAUGAUGUCAACGGAAGAAUAUUGCAGCAACAGAGUUCCAACGACACAGAGAUGAACUAUGUUAACCAAUCAGAUGUACAGAAAACUCAAUAUGAUGAUGUUUUCCCCAGUGAUGAUGGUCCUUUUAGCGGUAGUUAUUUCUCCAGCGAUGAGCUUCUACAGGGUAACGGCCUCUCAUGGGUUUUGGAACCUGUUUCAGAUCUUGAGGAGAGAAAGGAGAACGAGGAUCCAAACGUCUUGGCGUCUAAAAUAGAGUUGGAACUGUUUAAGCUCUUUGAAGGCGUUAAUAAGAAGUACAAAGAGAAGGGAAGAUCUCUCUUGUUCAAUUUGAAAGAUAAGAACAACCCUGAGCUAAGGGAAAGUGUCAUGUCCGGGAAGAUCUCUCCGGAGAGAUUAUGUUCCAUGACGGCUGAGGAGCUUGCUUCUAAGGAGCUUUCUCAGUGGCGACAAGCGAAAGCAGAAGAGAUGGCUGAGAUGGUUGUCCUGAGGGAUGCAGACAUUGAUGUGAGUCGUCUGGUGAGGAAAACGCAUAAAGGCGAGUUCCAGGUGGAGGUUGAUCCUGUUGAGAGUGAGAUGGUGGAUGUCUCUGCUGGGAUCACCUCACGUAGUAGACCUCGAGCCAAAGCCAAGUCCAGUUUAAAUAAAAACGACUCAGAUGAGCUGAAGGAAAGUUCUGACAAGGGAGACAUGACGGAGGAGACUGAUCCAAUGCAAGGUUUGUCGAUGGAUGAUGAGAUGAAGGAUGUGGGUUUCCUUGCUCCAAUUGUAUCGCUUGACGAGUUCAUGGAGUCUCUGAACACAGAACCUCCAUUUAGAAGCCCACAACAUGGGAAUGCUGUAAAGGAGGAAGUGGCUGCAUCUGACUCAGGAGCUGUGUCAAAUCUAAAGUCUCCUUCGAGAUCUCCAAAGGAAGCUUGUGAGAGUGUUUCUCCUAAAACAGAACUCCAAAAGGCUAUUGUAACUUCCCCAAAACCGGAUGUGGGUGUCAAACUCGGUGUUGAUGUCUCGAAGCCAGAAGAAGAAGCACCUUUGGUUGCUAGCACUAAAGAAGAACAUAUAUGGGAGGGUAUACUGCAGCUUAGUGCCUCUUCAGUUGUCUCAGUCACCGGAAUUUUCAAGAGUGGUGAGAAAGCAAAGACAAGCGAGUGGCCAACGAUGGUGGAGGUAAAGGGGAGAGUGAGACUGAGCGCGUUUGGGAAGUUUGUACAAGAGCUUCCAUUGUCUAGAAGCCGUGUCUUAAUGGUAAUAAACGUGGUUUGUAAGGAUGGCAUCUCUCAGAGCCAGCGUGACAGCCUUUUUGAGGUUGCUAAGUCGUACGUUGCUGACCAAAGAGUUGGUUACGCUGAGCCUACUUCAGGCGUGGAGCUUUACCUCUGCCCUUCACGUGGAGAAACUCUAGACUUACUGAGCAAGGUCAUCUCCAAGGACCACCUCGAUGAGGCCAAAUCUUCAGACAGCAUCGGUUUGAUCGGCCUUGUUGUCUGGAGGCGUGCAGUCUCGUCUCCUGCCUCACGUCAUAAGCCAGGAUCCAAACGUCAGCAUUCUUCUUUAAAGAAUCAUCAGCCUCCUGUUGUUGCUGCUGGCACCAAGAGCUCUGUGUUGGCUCCAGAGAACAAAAAGUCUAGUACUAGUCUGAGUGUAAAGAAUCAUCAUCAGCCUCCUGUUGUUGCUGUUAGUAUGGGGAAUCAUGGCAGUGAAGAUGAUGAUGAUGAUGAAGAUUUGCCACCUGGAUUUGGCCCAGCAGCUGUGAAAGACGACGAUGAUGACUUACCUGAGUUUAACUUCAAUCCCUCCACUGCACCACCGGUUACUUCUUCUCCCCGGCAAGCAGUGGGGCCUCAGUCUCGGUCUUUGAAUCAAGUAAGGGAGCUCAUACUCAAGUACGGAAACUCAGCAGGUAAACAGCCAUGGAAUGGUCAAGAUGAUGACGAUGACGAUAUUCCUGAAUGGCAACCGCAAGGCCACCAGAUUCAACCUCCACCACCACCUCCUCCUGGUCCUCCAUUUCAUAGCAGAGCCAUGGCCAGACCACAAGGACAUGGUGCAAUACCAUCAGAUGGAUGGAGGGCCAAUCAAAACGCACCUAGGCAACAGCAACAACAACAACAGUACAGUGCACGUAGGAACAGAGGAUUUUGAUUUGUGUGAAUGCGUUUGUUCCUCUCUGUAACAUUAGUUUGUGUUUUUGUUUAGGUCAUAUGUAUCGACUUCACUCUCAUCUUGUAAUGUAGCUUUGUAAUAGAAUGACAAUAAUGGAGUCUUUUUAAUAAUAAGCUUUUGAAACAAUCAAA